CACAGCAGUGUUGAUUGUCCUCUUGCCAGUGUCUGAACGCAGGGAUGGCUCCAAGAAUGGAUGAUGUCGUGCAUCUGUGCUGUGAAAUAUCAGCUCAAGAUCAGAUCAAGGUCGCGGUGAAAAACUCCACCAAAGGAGGCCUGGUGGCAGGAGGACUAGCCGUGCUAGGCGGGCUGCUCGGUGGACCUCUGGGGAUUGCUGUUGGUGGAGCAGUAGGUGGUCUGUUGGGCUUCUGGAUGACCAGCGGUCAGUUCAGGCCUCUGCCUCAGAUCCUGAAGGAGUUGCCCCCUACCGAGCGAAAGAAGCUCUAUAAUGACAUUGUGGCCGUCUUAGGCAACCUAGACUGGACGGACGCGGCCCAGCUCGUAUCCCUCGUGAUGGGCAACACCACUCUCCAUCAGCAGGUCACUACUGCGUUGCUGAACUACAUCAAAAAGGAACUCAGAGCAGAGGUGUGUUAUAAAGACUGAGUUAGGGUUACACGUGGACUUUUCAGGGUGGUCAGGCCAGCCAAACACAGCCAGAGUCCUUUAGAACAUAUUUGUUUACCUUAUUGGAAAAACUGUCAAUAAUGGAUGUUAAACUUUCUGUUUGACUGUGCCAAAUUGAGCAACACACCUUUACUAUCUUCUGAGUGUUUAUCUUAAAAAUCAGUGUAUAGUCGAAUCAAUAAAACCUAACACAAAUCAUUGCACAGUAACCAUAGAAACCUCACUCAGUACUGAACUCAAAUAAUGUUUUGUACAACAGACUGACAUCAACAUCAACUUUCCUCUGCUUUCAUAAACUGUGUAAAAUAUCCUGCUUGGAGAGUCAAUUUCUCUGGAUUGGAAUAAAAUCUCUUUAUCCAUCCUCUCUCAGGGUGUUUUUAAUAUACCUCUGCUUAUGAAUUACAAAUAAAACAAACGUUUGAAGCUA